AUGAUGCGAAGAAUGGUGAAUCCCUCUGCUCUUCCUCCUCUUCUUCGACCGCUAUCUAGUAAGCUCACUCUCUAUCAUCAUGUCUUUGCAUCCGCUCUUCUUCUUCUUCCUCGCAAUGUCAAUUCCUAUCCCUCCCGUCACUUUCGCACUUCACCCUCCACUUCUCGAUUGAGCGAUUCCAUGAAUCGCUCACAAGCUUUGGAAUAUGUGAUGAACCUAUGCAAAAAUGGCAGAGUGGCGAAAGCCGACGAUGUUUUGCAUUAUUUCAAGAUCAUGAUUCGGCUGAACCCUUUGCCUUCGGCUCCCUGUUUCAUCCAACUCUUGGGAGCUGCGGCGAGGAUGAAGCAUGAUGCUACCGCCAUCCACGUGAUCGAGCGAAUGGAUUCCAUGGGCAUGUCUCGCCACGUUUUCGUUCUCAAUAUUCUGAUAAAUUGCCUCUGCCGCUUGAAAAGGUCCGAUCUUGGAUUUUCCGUUUUGGCCAAAAUGUUCAAGGUUGGGCUUGAACCUAAUGUGGUGACCUUGAACGCUUUGCUCAACGGGCUCUGUGAAGAGGGCAAAACCGCACAAGCCUCGACCUUGGUAGAAGAAAUGUGGGGCAAAGGGGAUGUCACAGUAUAUACGUACUGCAUCAUCACAAAGGGAUUGUGCAGAUCCGGUGAUACUUCGAAAGCUGUCCAGUUUAUAAGGAAUUUGGAAGAAAGGGGUUGCGAGCUAAAUGUGGUCACGUACAACACGAUCAUUGAUGGUUAUUGCAAGGAAGGACUGGUGGCAAAGGCAUUUGGCUUCUUUGACUGUAUGAUUCGCCGGGGAAUUCAGCCAGAUGUCUUCACUUACACUACCUUGGUACAUGGCUUAUCCUGCAUAGGCGAAUGGAAACAAGCAAAGGCCAUGAUAGAGAAAAUGAUUGAUGAUGGAAUCCACCCAGAUAUUUUCACUUAUAACUCCUUCAUCCUUGGUCUAUGCCGUUGUGGCCAGUGGGAAGAGGCUCAAGUCCUGUUGAGCGAGAUGUUGCGGGGAGGAACAAAGCCAGAUAAUCGAACCUUCAGCAUUGUCUUGGAUGCACUCUGCAAACAGGGCAUGACUGAUGAGGCGAGGUGCAUAUUUGAUUCGCUGAUCGAGAUGGAUAUUGAGCUGAAUGUAGUUACUUAUAGCUCAUUGAUCAAUGGCUACUGCCUUCAAAAUCAAAUGGAUGAUGCUGCAACUAUAUUUUGUUUGAUGACUGCAAGGAAAUGCAAUCCUAAUGUGGCGACCUAUAGCACAUUGAUUAAUGGAUAUUUUGGGGUUAAAAGAGUCGAUAAGGCAAUGAGUCUCCUUCGUGAAAUGUUGGAGAAGGGAUUAGUCCCUAACGUUGCCUCCUAUCAUUGUCUCAUGGAUGGUUUUUUCCUUGCUGGAAACCCCAGGGUUGCACAUCAGCUCUUUUACAAAAUGCUGGCUUGCAAUCAUAUAAAUCAACGAAAUUAUGCCAUCAUGUUAGAUGGCCUUUGCAAAUAUCAGCAAAUUGACAAGGCAAUGGCAUUGUUUCAACAAAUGGAAGAUGGCAUCGGCAAUGUUAAUAUCAUCCACUGCACCAUCCUUACUAACGACCUGUGUGAGGCAGGGGAACUUGGAUCUGCAAGGAACGUCUUCAAUUCAUUGGAUGCCAAAGGGUUGCGACCUAAUAACAUGACACUCGGUGCCAGGAUAAAAGGACUUUGUAAAGCUGGCCAAAUACGUGAAGCUUGCGAGCUACUUCAUAAUAUGAACAAGAAGGGAUGCUCUCCUAAUGAUUUAGUGUAUAACAUUAUUAUCUGAGCACUGCUUGAAGAUGGUCAGAAAGCGAAGGCAAUGCUUAUCCUUGGAGAGAUGAUUGAGAAAGGCUUCUCACCAAAUGCUGCAUCCAC